GAUUCGGGGCGGAUUUUGGGGGUCCCGGGGGGGAUUUUGGGGGCGCCAUGGACCGAGAGGAGCUGACGUACCUGGGAGUGCUGCUGGGCUCCAUCCCCGUGGGCUUCGUGCUCAAGGGCCGCGGCCCCCGAUGGCGGCAGUUUGGGGGGGCGGUGCUGGGGGCGGGGCUGGCUCUGCUCACCUGCGGCCCUCACCUGCUGCACUCGCUGCUCACCGCGCUCGGCACCUGGGCCAUCCUCAUCCUCCUGCCCAGGCACUCGGGGGGGGCCACCCUGGCCUGGAGCUUUGGGUACCUCCUGUUCUUCCGCACGCCCCGGCUCUGGGGGCUGCCCGAGCCACCGGCAUUCGCCAACGCCCUGCAGCUCCUCACCACCCUCAAGAUGGUCAGCCUGGCCUGUGACGCGCAGGAGCUGCGGGAGGCGGGGCUUAAGGGGGUGACGUCAGAGGAGACGCAGCUGAUGAUUGGCUCGCUGCGGCGCGUGCCGAGCUUGAUUGACAUCCUGUGCUACACCUACUGCUACCUGGGGCUGCUGACAGGUCCGUUUUACCGCCUGGGCACUCACCUGGACUGGGUGUUCUCCCGCUCCCAUCCGCCGUCGCUGCGCCGGGCGCUGCUGCACCUGCGCUGGGUGCCGGCGCUGGGCGCGGCGUGCGCGCAGGUGAGCGGGGCGUGGCCGGCGCGGGCGGCGCUGGAGCCGGGGUUCGGGGCGCGGGCGUGGCCGCGCCGGCUGGCGCUGAUGGUGCCGGUGUUCCUGGCGCUGCGGCUGCGCCUCUACGUGGGCUGGCUCUGCGCCGAGGCCGGCUGCGUCGCCGCGGGGCUCGGAGCCUACCCCAGGUGCGCCAACGCCCGCCCCGGCCGCGGGCCCACCGCCAGAUGGGAGUGGCCACACAGGUGUGAGGAUCUCCCCGAGGAUGACUGGGAUUUCGAGACGAUCCGCACGGUGGAUCCCUGGGGGACGGAGCUGGGCCGGCGGUUCCGGGGGGGGCUGCGCCGCUGGAACAUGACGGUGCAGUGGUGGCUGGCGGCCUACGUGCACCGCAGGGGACCCCGCCAGCACCCCCUGAUCCGGAACGCUUGGACCAUGCUGGCCUCAGCUUACUGGCACGGGCUGCACGGGGGGCAGUACCUGUCCUUCCUCACCGUGCCGCUCUGGCUGGCGGCCGAGGCGGCGGCCGAGGCGGCCCUGGAGGAACAUUUUGGGCUUCCCCUGGAGGAGCUGAGGGGCUGGAAGGGUUCCCUGCUCAGGGGAGGGCAGUGGUUCCUCAAGAUGAGGGCCUUCGAGUACCUGAGCAUGGGUUUCGUGCUGCGGGAGGCCGAGGCCACGCUGCGAUUCUGGGCCUCGGUGCAUUUCUGCCUCCAUCUUGUGCCCCUGCUCAUCCUGGCGGCGGCCACGGCCCUGAGGGGAAAAAGGGCGGGAAAAAAAGGGCGGGAAAAGGGGCGUGAGGGAGAGGAGGAGGAGGAG